AUGGCGCCUGUCAUGACGUCGAGUGCGCCGCCCCCGCGUGCGGCCCCGAGGACGACGUCGGGCGGCGCUGCACGCCGGGCCCGCCUGCGCGCCACGCAUGCGCGGAAGGCCCAGCAGGCCAGCCACCGUCUGGCUGGACUCUUGGCGGCAGGACCGCCACCUGGCCUGUGCUGCGACGACGUCGCCUGCUUCUACGCGAAGCAGCACGCCUUCGAGGAGCAGUACGCCUUCGAAGAGCAGCACGCGGUCACGGAGCACUUCGCCGAACUCGGCCACUGCGAGUUCGUCGCGGACGCCGUCCUCAGCUACCUGGGCGACGCGGACGGCGUCGAGCAGCGGGCCUCCGGCGAGACGUUCAUUAACGAGGGGGCGGGAGACAACCAGGCGCCCGCCAUCUCCGACAGGGAGCCUGUGGCUUCUCAGCUGCGCAUCGACUCCGCUUCCCCGAAGCAGGAGCUGCCCCCUUCCGAGGAGCCCAGUGGCGACCCCCAGCAGCUCGACGAGGUUCUGAGGCAGUGCCCCCCGCUGGACUUCGUGCGGGCCCUCCAACGUCUGGAGCGCGAGCUGGCCGUUAAGGAGUUCAUGGCAAUGGUGCCGACCGAAAGCACCGAUAUGCAAGAUGACCUGCCCACCGUGGACAGCAAGGGGCUGAACGACACCGCUUGCGAGAACCAGGUGUGCAUCGACCUACAGAGGCCCGAUCUGGGUGGGGCCGACAAGGAGGUCAUCGACUGGCGUGCCGAGGCGGAUGAGCAGCCGCUGGAGCAGCCCGUCGUGGAGGCAUUCGACAAGCGCGUCGAGGACCACCCGCUCAGCGACAACAAGGAGCUUAGCGACACCACCUGCGGGGUUCUCGAGCCCGCGAAAAAGGACGCCGUCGACCCGUGCGGCGAGACGGCCAUGGAGCAAACGGCCCGCGUGUGCGACACCACUUGCGAGGGCCAUCAGUAUCAAUGGAGAGUAUGUGGCAUACAUGGCGAAUGGGAGGACUUCAUCUCCUGUGACAAUUUCGGCGAUAAUGAGGCGUUGGAGGCCAGAUACCAAAGGUUUCUGUCUGGUCGCAGCGACGCCAAGAUUAAGAUGAAGCUGAAAACGCACCUGUUCAAGGUUGACUUCCGUAACAUGAGCUUGAGGGCCGUCAAUAGGAACGGCCUCGGCGCCCGACUGCGGCUCUGCAGAGAUCUGCUGUAGUCGGUUCUGGAUGACUGCUCUGUGCAUCCCACUUGUGUUUCUGCGAACGCUCAGUUACAGCGCAGUGCGUAGAGCAUGUGUGAUCAGGUAGAGAACCACUCUCU